UAUGACGUAGGACUCACUUCCGUUCAAACGUCUCUUAGCUAUAUCGUAUGUAUUUAUUUUAACAUCAAUAUAUAAACCUCCUGUCAAUAAAUAUAUACAUAUACAUAUAUAUUUAUCUACACGCGAACUCGUAAAGAGCAAUUAUUGACUGAAUAAAAGCCACAGACGGAGAGAUAGAAGGAUUGUUGUUAGGCUAAGCUAAGCUAAGCUAGGCUAGGCUAAGCUAAGCUAGCGGACAUGGCUAGUGCUGCGAAUACAAACAUGAACGCUGUCCGGGAAACGAUGGACGUUCUCUUGGAGAUCUCGAGACUCCUUAACACUGGACUCGACAUGGAGUCGUUGUCCAUCUGCGUGCGGCUAUGUGAGCAGGGCAUCAACCCAGAAGCUCUCUCCUCUGUUAUAAAAGAGCUACGCAAAGCCACAGACACACUCAAGGCCUCUGACAACAGCACAAGCCAAGGAUGAGGAGAAAUGGCACCAAGCUCGAUGUCUUUUAAUACAAAAAUUAAGAAGAAAUUUCAUCAAUUCACCAAGAGACUGUAAUAUUUAAUACAGGAUUUUUUCCCUGUUUUUUUUUUCUUACAGCCUUGUUUUUCUUUCUCUCUGUAAAAUGACCCUUUUGUCUGUGCACAAUGAACUUUGUGUGCUUUCAUAAAGCCAGUAUUUUAAGUCAUCGCUUGAUGAAAUGGUCAACGAUAGAUUUUGUAUUGGUUUACACAGUGGCUUUUUGUUUUGUUUUGUUUUUUUUGAGAUGUCCUCAGAUUUCAGCAGUUUGUGUUUUGUCCACUAGGUGGCGACAUUAUGCAGUCUGAGUCAUCCUAUAUGAUUAUGUCCAGGUCUGUGGUUGGACCUUACUGUUCCAAAAAACGGGGUUGAUGUACAUGUUUAGUUUGUGUUUCUGUUAUACGUUCUAGCAUGAAAUGUUUGCAAUAAACGAUUCACAUACAUCA